GAGAUCUGACCGGAUGUCUUCGUGAAUUGACACAUACGAAUGCUUCCGCUAGCUAAAAUAGAGAAGCUAGCUGUAAAAACGGUGCUGUCAAUGACUUUUAUACCAGUGGUCGGGUUACCAUGGAAGCAACUUCACAGUGAAAACCCAAGUUAAAAGUAGGAAAGCUAAAGUUUUUCGGUCAAUGAUCGCUAAUAAGCACAUGUUUGCUAAUGACUAAUAGACUUUCGGUUACUCUCGUGCCUAAACGUAAACUCAAGUCACUUCGCUUUGUUUUAGAAUUGGGGUAUUUGUGGGAACAUAUUUUUGAUAGUAAAAACAUAGCCAGUUAGAUUUAUGUUUGGAAAAAAAAUCUGUUUCACUUGCGAAGGUUUAUUUAUCCCAGCAUUUCCAACAACGUCAGCUAAGUAGCCGGUGUUUCGGUCAAAAGUGUGACCCUCUUAUCUUGACACUUUCAUCCCGUUGCGUCUCUGGUUGUCGUGGUUACAACGGGUAUAAAGAAAAUGUCACGUGAAUUUCUGUCGUUUCCUUUAUUGAAGACGUAUUUUACGAGAAUAUUUUGGAUAUUAUAUUAAAAAACAAACGAGGGUUCAGUCACACUGUUCGUGUUUCCACAGCUGUCGCAAUUACGACAUCGACUGACGCAUUCAGACGAGAGUCGCCAGUUAACAGGGUUACCGGAAACCGAAACACCAAUGGGCCCCUCUGUGUAGAGUUUACCGUGACUGCUAAGUUUACUUUGUCCUGGUAUUGUCUACCACAGGGUUUGUCUUCUGUCCACCUUGGUGUGCCCGGGUUUCGAUGGCAUUUUAUAAUCAUCUUGCAAAGGACGAGUGUCAAUUCGUGCAUAAUGUCAAGAGUGAGAUUGAAUUGUACGAAGAAAAGAGCGACCGUGGGAGGUAAGGUUUGAGCUCACAUACAGAUAUAACCUACGUGUGUGAGGCAGAGUAAGCGCACAUACAGUACUUAUAAAUCCACUGUGCAUCUCUCUACUAUAUACCUUUUGUUAAAUAUUCUCCCCCUAGGAACCACUUAAGCAUCAGUUCCCACAGAAACUAGUGGUAGACAUGCUCUCCAAAUCUCUGGAUUAAUUAAACAUUCCUGAUGACAGUGAAAAAUACAGAAGAAGAGAUUAAAUCUGUUGCUGGUAUCAUGGUGUCAUGAUAAUGAUCCCUUAGCCCUUCCAGGACUUUACAUGUAAUUAAUUGGUCUAUUAUGAAACUUCUAUAGUUCUUGUUUUCUGAAACUGGUAACUUUGAUCCUAAAGUAGUUAUUGAAUGCUAGUGAAAGUUUCAUUGUUUACAUGCGCUUGCCACUUUUGUUGCAGCGUGGCUUCUCACUGGACCUUUUUGCAAUUAUAGAGAUAAAUAGAGAGAUAGAUGCUGUUUCAAAUGGCCUUGUAGUCCUACCUCAUUGCUUUAAACAGGUUCACCCCAGAUGACUAAUGAAUUACUUGAUCAUCCUCUCAUAAGUAGAUAGGAACCUCAUGAGUGUCAUGUUUCACAGCAAGUGAUAAAGCCAAAGGCCAUCUCUAACUUUAUUUUCAAAGUAUUUACUAUAAGGAUCAGGGAAUACCACAGAUUCAGAUAUAUUUCUGAAAGGUUAAUGUUGACUUUUGACAAUAAGAUAAUGUUUGAGCCUCAACAGCAAGGUUUGGUUAUAUAUUUUAAAUGUAAAUGCACACUUAGUCUCAGCACUCUCAAGUCCUCCAUGUCUCUCGUCUCUUCGCCUAGGGUGCUUGUGUUCCCCCCUCUAUCCAGCAGACUGAGGUAUUUGAUUCACAGAACCAUCGAGGACCUGCCUGAGCUCACUACCUUCUCAGUGGGGGAGAAGUGGUGCCGUCAGGUGGUGGUCUGCUACUCAGAGCUCAGGUACUAAAUUAACAGUGGUCACUAGAUUUUCUAAUGUUGAAACUUUCAAAAAGUAACGAAAAAACAAACUAAUUGAUGAUGAAAAAUAAAUGCUGUCCUAGAUGCUUAUAUUUCUACAUCACCACUCAAUGUAUCUCCAGUAUUUUAAAACACGCAAAUCUGAUGUGACUUGGGUUUAACAGCAAGAUUGAGAUUAGAUGUGUUGUUUAAAUGAUUAUGAGUGUUUUGGGUCAAAAUUUGAAAGGUAGAACUUUGAGAACUUUUGUAUUUGAGAUGCACUGACCAUCUUGCCAGCAGUGCACUUUCUGACCGAAGCUCACACCGGUAUUUGUAGCUUUUUGCUUCACAUUUCUGAUGUUUAUUUUUCUCUUGAUCUAAUUUUGUUCCACUGUGAAAACACUGCUAUUUUUCUGCAGGGAUGAGGUGGAGAAGGACAGUGACCUGGAGAGCAACAACACCCAGAGUGAAACGGAGAAUGAUCUGAAGCCUAAAACCUCUGUCCCACCACGAAGCCGAGGACCUAAAAGGCCAGACAAACCACUUUACAUGCCAAGAGCCGUUCGCCAGAGACUGUCCUUACAAAAGCCACAGGGACCCUCUGAGGACCAAGAGGUGCACAGUCAGGCUACAAGUAGCUGUAGCAGCAUUAGCAGCUUGUCUGACUCCUGUUCCAGACCGGAAACUACAGAGAACAUCAAGUCUUCAUCCACAUCUGGACAAGAAACCAUCCCAAACAGUGUCCCCAGACAUGAUCCUGACAGUUCAGAAUUUUAUCCUGAGACGCCGCAAACUCUUCAUGGCACUGAGCCCCUCGUGUGGGACCAGACUGUGUCCUGCUUAGCUGACAUGUCUCUAGAAGAGGAUGAGGAGGAUCUUGCUAGUUUGGUAUGAUCCUCGAUCUGUUGUUCUGUUACCAGGUUGAUUUUGCACUUCAGAAAUUGUAUCCAGUCAUUUUGUGUUUGUCUCAUCAGAUCAAGGCACAUCUAAAAGAAGGAGUGAAUUUUUCCAUCGAGCCUGCUCAGAAAGACUACUCCUUAUAUGAGAAUGUGUUUAUAAACCCAGAUGACCUCCGCUAUGUGAUUGAGAUCUAUAACUUUCCGGCUAUGUUCAAAACUGAUGACCUCCUGGGUGCCUUUGCAGAUUACAGGUGCAAACAAAGAAACCUCUUUUUUUUUAUCAGUUUAUAUCUAUAGGUAAUGUGUGUCUUUUUUUUUUUUUUAUUAGACACAAUUUUUUCUCUAAACAAGACAUACUGUAUUCCCCAUUCUGCCACUCUUGUCUUUCACAGUGAGGGUGGAAUGAAGAUCAAGUGGAUUGAUAACACACACGCAUUGGGUGUUUUCUCCUGUGAAUCGGCAGGUAAGAGAACUCACUAAACUGGGAUUGAGGUUAAAUAAUGAACAAAAAGGUUAAAAUGUGCUCAUGUAUUCACCAAUACUAUCUGCAGCACUUCAUGCCCUCUCCAUCUCCCAUCCACUGCUGAAGGCUAGAUCUCUAGCUGAAGGGAGUAAAAAAGCUAAAGGGAAGGCCUUCCGACAUGCAGGUAGAAAAUGAACUAAACUCAUCUGAGCACCUUUGUGAAAUGCUUGUUGUGGCACAUUUAACCAUCAUAUCUUUCUUUUGGCCAUGUCUUGGAACCCCAUGCUGUGAUUUCUUGCAUAUUUGUCCUAGCACUGAAAUGGUGAUCUCUGUGCUAUAUUACAGAGUUCAUCCAGCCUGUGAAGGAACGCCCAAGAACAGACUGUGCUGUAGCUCAGAGGAUGGUGACCAGAGCACUUGGGCUGCAGGGACGGGGCAGAGUGCAAAGAUACUAAAAGGGACGCUAACACUGUUGGCUGAUGCAGGUAAACAGACGAACAAAAGAUGGGAUGAAGUUAAAUGCAUUAGUGUUUGAGUCCAUUUGUUAUGCAAUGAGAAGUUUUUAUAAAUGAGUUGACUCUGAUUUAGUAUUUGCAAUUAUUGACAGAAUUUUUCAUCGCCGUUUGCAGAUAAGCAGAGCGCCAAACGUAGAAUGUGAAAUAGCACACAGAUAGCAUACAUAGAACCACCAACUAUGGAAUGCAUGAACUCAUGGCAUGUUAAUGCUAUUUGCUAUGUCUACUUUCAUGCUUGACCUUAUUUCCAUACACUGAAACAUAAAAAAAAAGACUCCACGUGGAGAAGAGUUCCUGCUUUGACCAUUUUUUUAUUUCAAAAAAUGCAUUAUUUUCCACAUUCACCCAUGCAUACAAAAUAAAAACAGUAAGGCAGCAGGCAACAAGUACCCUUUUAAAAUGAAGGAUUCUUGAUCUUGCUACAUUAAAAAAACUAAUUUACACAACAAAAAGAAGGCAUUUUCACAUACAUUUGUGGCUUUUACACAACAUCCACAAUGUAAUCAUAGUCCCUGAUGGUAAUGAUGUAACAAAACUUGAACAACAAGAGACGAGCUUAGGGGAUGCACAUAACAUGAUGAUACAAAAUGUCUUAUGAUGGAACCAAGAAGAAAAUAUUAAUAAAUAAAAGAUGAAGCUCAAGUAUGAAAAAUGCAAAAUCCUGGAAACAAAGGCACUUUUCCCCCACAGCUUCAUGCUGACAGUUUUUGGCUGAACAUUUCAAAAUGGAACAAAUCCAUUCGCUGUUAUCAUAGAUAAACAAAAUGUAAUGCAGUCAUCUUUAGAGGCACCCUGACUAACAAUGUACAAGUCAAUCCAACUUCUAUUACUCUAAGUUUCAGUUUUAGUCGUAUGUCAAGAUUUUUCAUUCUUGUCACUUACAGAAUCUUGUGAAAGGGUUCGUUACAGUAAUCACAAAAACGUACUGCCUCUGUUUCCUGUAACAUGAAACACGCAAAGUGCAAAAUUUCAUCGUAGCACCAGAUUUAGCAGCAAACUAUGUUCAGUCCUCCAAAGGAAAUCCACAUAAGUGUAUGGGUCUCAUCUAAUGGUUUUUGAUUUUAGGCUGUCAACAAACUCUGAAAACUUUGGUAGGAAAGACAACUGCUAAAGCGUUUUAUUUAAUAAGUUAUUCGACUGCAACUUGCUGAAACAUCUCUCCUAAAAAGCACCAGGUCAAAACCUUCAUUUCACUUAAACAAAGGCAACAAGGCAUUAAAAAAAUAAGAACACUUGAAUGUGGGCAACAAAUUGAGUAAGCGAGUAGUUUUUCCUCCCCUUGAGUCUUUGCCCUUUGUACUUGUUGAGUCCUGAGCCCAACAGCAAUCAAGCUCUGCUCCUCUAGUGGUUGUCAAAUAUUCAUAUUCGUAUGUCUGUGUUGUCCAUUGGUGGUCUACCUGUGGGAAAUCUGGUUGGUCAGCAACCCAGGGAACAUUUCAUCUAUGUCUGUGCCCAGUGUGCCACCUGUGAAGUAAUGACAAGAGAGAAAAUGAAGUGACCAGAGACAGCAGAACUACAAUUCCAUUUUCUGUCACUGACUAACUUUGAAGCACAUCUAUCCUCUAACAAAAAAAAAAGUGUAUUCUUAAUGUGUAUUUAUUCAAUUUUUUUAACACAGAGGUCUGGCAGAGGUCUGCUUCAGCACACUGGCCAUCUUGGACUACAAGUAGAAGUUCUCCACCCAGUCCUGUUCUCCUGCUGUACUGAUCAGUUCAAAGAGAUGGGCGGUCAAGGCAAAGUCUGAAGAGAGUGACUGCUGUGGAUAAGCAACAUCAACCCUGCUAGGGUUCCCUUGAGCUGAACGCAGAAUCAAAGUUGCUGUUACGUCGUAGAAAAUGACCGCAGUUUCAUGUUCAAUUCAGUGAUUAUAAAACAACGAUGCACCAGUGUUGUACGGUGGAGGAAGUGAAAGUUCCAGGCUGAUGCCACAUGAUGUGAUAGCCCCACAGAAGUGUUCGAUUACAUGUUGUUGAAAGGUGUUUCAAGGCAGGAAGUUUCUCCUUGCAAAGGUUAAGCGGGAUGGGUAACUGAAAUCUGCUUUGUUUUUGUUUCAUUCAGUUUGGGGCUUGUAGGCCUUUAUUGAGAGGACAGGACGGUGGGUAGAGUCGGAGGCUGGAAGAGAGAGUUUGGAGCGCCAUGGCUGCAGAUAGUAAUUGAAACUACAUUGCUAGUAUUAAACUGUAGCCUCUUAACAUGAGCAUGUCAUUGUGCCACAGCACUAACCUAGAACCUCUUAUCUUCAAAUAAGCCCUUUUGAGUCCUCUUGAAUAGAGACCAUCUUUUGCACUAAAGGGCAUUAAGUCUCUUAAACGCUCAAAAGGGACAAAACAAAUUCAAGCUCAGUAGAGUCUUUAGUUAGCUGCCGCGGUAUGAGGGAAGUGGUUGCCAUUUGCAACAUCACCACUAGAUGCCACUAAGACCCUACAAACUGGUUUUUGGUUUCAUCUUACUCGAAGGACUCUCAGGAUUUGGUUGCAGAUGUUCAAUACUUUGUGUGUUGUUGUCACAACUUGUUUUUUACGGGCAGUACAAAACUUAAACUUAUAAAUGUAAAUUGAGUGAAUCUGAUCUGUGGCAAAGAUAACAAAGUGUAUCUAAGAAAAGAUAGUGAUUUAAAAGACAGUGUUGUCUUACUGGAUAAGAAAGAUCUUUUUUUCCCGUUUUUGUUAAAAACUGAUGUUAUUUUUUAAAUGCAUUUGUCUAACACAAAGUUUAAUUGUCAUGGAUGCUUUUUGAGGCAAAGUGUUCAGUUUUUCUUUCUCCACAUUAAAUGGAACUUGAAGGUUUCAUAAGUUUUUAAUUAAGUCAAAUUUGUCCUCAUGGAGUCUAACUCAGUGUUACUGCUCAGUCAUUUUCUGUCACUGUCAUUGACUAACUCCUGUCAACACAUAUCUUACCUCUGUGAAGGAAGAUUGCUCAUAGAUGGGAUUUACUAAGUUUGUACUGAGUUAACAUGCAGAGCAUUGUGUUUGUUAGACAUAGGAUAUUUUCCUGAAAUGAUAGCUUUGUGUUAUUUCUGUUGUCGUACAUUUAUCUGCAUUCAUCGAGGAUUUUCAGGGAGGACUGAUUAAAGCAUUCAAUAUGGAACUGUCCAAUGAAAAUGUUAUUCUUUACUUUUGUCAUUGAGUUAAUGCUGUAAAAUUUAAAUAUACACAUCACUGCAGCCAGUUAUGCUGUAGGGUAAUUAGGAUACUGACCUGGUGAGCCAAACCUUUGUCAAUAGUUCAUAGUACUUUUUUUUUUUAUUAGUAAACAGAUUUUUGUACCCACAGCCAUCAGACUGUUUAAUUCUUCUGUAAAUAGUAGAUGACACAAGACAACUGACAGUUCAGUUUCCCUUCAGGAUCAAUAAAAUUCUUAUCUCUUAUCUUUAACCGUCUACUUUUACCUAGUAAAUAGUAUGACCAUUUUUGAAGUGUUGGUGGUAAACAAAAGGUUACUAAUAACUGUAGAUAAUCAGAAAUACUUUACAGUCUAGUGAGAUCAGUGUUCACUGUUCAAGAUGAACUCUAUCAUUAAACUGUUAAAAUGCUCUUGUUUUUAUUCAAAUGUUGAUUAUUAUGCUGCCUUUCUCGAGCAGGAUACUCCUUAAAAGAGAUGAGACUUAUGACAGUAACUUUCCACCUCAUUGAGUUUUUUUCCCAGUUAAAUAAAGGUUCAAUAAAUAAACAAACCUAUCUUUAGCAUGAAUGAGAUCAAACAUAGUCUGGUUCAUGUUGAGGAGAUGUUGAUCUUUGCAAGGUUAAACUCUUACCUAUAUGACAGUUGUACGUCCAUAUCCUCUGGCCAUCGUACCGGGAGCGGCACUUCAUUAUGUUGUUGGUGUAAUCUGAUUCUGCAACUUCAUAGUUUGGGUUUAUAACAAUCUGCAAGAGCAAAAGCAGUUUUUGUUGAUCAUUAACAAGCAUCAUCUUAUUCUUUAUUUAUUCAUGACUUACUGAUAUAACAGCAGAUUUAUACACACAAUUCUGAAUACAGAAUGAGAUUGUAGCACCAGGGUAACAGUGUGACCUAACAGAAUACAAGUUCUGAAAGCAGACAAAAGGUUUUUUUCUUGUUGGAUGUCUUAUAACUUGAAGAUAGCAAAUUCAGCUUUGUAGCAGCUUUACUAAGUUGUGUCCUCUCUUAACCCCUGCUUGCUUAUUCAUGUCUCAAUGUGAGUGUACUCAGGCUAAAAGCCAAAGAGAGGCAGAUGCAGAUAGGUGGAAAGUCGAGGAAUAUGUUUGGUCUGUAAGGCUGAGCUGGCUGCUGAUGAAACAGUCUUUCCAGCAGAUGGAAUAAAUCUUUUAUGUCUAGACCGAGUAUUUUACCUGGAAGAUGUAGUCCCCAGGCUUCACAUCAGUGAUGUCAAUCCACUGACAGUCAAUGUCAUGUCUGUAGGUAUCCCAGCAGCCUACUGUGAUGCCCUGAGCCCCGAAGUUUGCACAUUCGUACCUUUUCUGGAUACCUGUUGUCAACAUGAAAAAUCGCUUCAGUUAUUAUUCAGUUGUAUGACAGAAACUCUGUAAGAUGAACCCUGCACAAAGCCCAGUAUAUUAUAAAAAUGAAGCAAAAAGUAACGCAGCUUUAUUUACCUUCGUCACAAUGCGUGUCCUCCAGACAGAAGCUGGCUUUGUGUCCCUCUGCUACUUUGGUGCCGUUUAGACUCAGCAGGUCAUAGUGAGUGAAAACCUCCAUGCUGUGGUAAUGUCUGGAUCGGAUAGAAAAAACACACAAUGGUCAAACAUCCUAUAUAUUUAUUUCUACUUUUAGCAGCCCCGCAAUUUCUAACAUACACUUAUGCAUGCAACAUGCAGGAGGGCAGC